AUGGCCGGGCAGAGAAUGGCAGGACGGGACCGCAUUCGCAUGAGCAUUCGGAUGAAGACAGUUCUCCAGUCUGUGGGUGUCUGUGAGUUUGAUGAUGUGCAUGUGAAAUUCACUGAGGAAGAGUGGAAUUUGAUGGAUCCUUCCCAGAAGAGUCUCUACAAAAAUGUGAUGUUGGAAACCUACCUGAACCUCGAAGCUAUAGGCUAUCAUUGGAAAGAGCAUCAUCUUGAAGAACAUUGUCAAAAUAAUAGAAGUCAUGAAAGAUCUAGUAAUCUCCAAUAUCAUAAAAUAACACAUACUAGAGAGAAACCUUAUGCAUGUAAUCAAUGUGGUAAAGCCUUUGCAAGACCCAUUUAUCUCCAAAGACAUAAAAUGACACAUACUGGAGGGAAACAUUAUGAAUGCAAUCAAUGUGGUAAAGCCUUUGCAAGAUCCAAUGAUCUCCAAGUUCAUAAAAGAACACAUACUAGAGAGAAACCUUAUGAAUGCAAUCAAUGUUGGAAAGCCUUUGCAUGCAACAGUACUUUCCAAUAUCAUAAAAGAACACAUACUGGAAAGAAACCUUAUGAAUGUAAUCAAUGUGGUAAAGCCUUUGCACAGCACAGUGAUCUCCAAAUUCAUAAAAGAACACAUACUGGAGAGAAACCUUAUGAAUGUCACCAAUGUGGUAAAGCCUUUGCAAGACCCAGUCAUCUCAAGUAUCAUAAAAGAACACAUACUGGAGAGAAACCUUAUGAAUGUAACCAAUGUGGUAAAACCUUUUCAUCCUUUGCAAAACCCAAUCACCUUCAAUAUCAUAAAAGGGUACAUACUGGAGAGAAACCUUAUGAAUGUAGUCAAUGUGGUAAAGCCUUUGCAAGAUCCAGUGAUUUCCAAAUACAUAAAAGAACACAUGCUGGAGGGAACCCUUAUGAAUGUAAUCAAUGUGGUAAAGCAUUUGCAAGACCCAAUGAUCUGCAAACAGAUAAAAGAACACAUACUGGAGAGAAACCUUAUGAAUGUAAUCAAUGUGGUAAAGCCUUUGCAAGACUUAUUGAUCUCCAAAUACAUAAAAGAACACAUACUGGAGAGAAACCUUAUAAAUGUAAUGAAUGUGGUAAAGCCUUUGCAAUAUCCACUAAUCUUCAACGUCAUAAAAGAACACAUACUGGAGAGAAACCUUAUGAAUGUAAUGAAUGUGGUAAAGCCUUUGCAAGACCCAGUCAUCUCCAGUAUCAUAAAACAACACAUACUGGAGAGAAACCUUAUGAAUGUAUUCAAUGUGGUAAAGCCUUUGCAGUAUCCAGUAACCUUCAAUAUCAUAAAAGAGCACAUACUGAAGAGAAACCUUAUGAAUGCAAUGAAUGUGGUAAAGCCUUUUUAAUAUCCAGUAAUCUUCAACGUCAUAAAAUAACACAUACUGGAGAGAAACCUUAUGAGUGUAAUGAAUGUGGUAAAGCCUUUGCAAGACCCAGUCAUCUCCAGUAUCAUAAAAGAACACAUACUGGAGAGAAACCUUAUGAAUGUAGUCAAUGUGGUAAAGCCUUUGCAGUAUCCAGUAACCUUCAACAUCAUAAAAGAACACAUACUGGAGAGAAACCUUAUGAA